AUGCCCAAAUCCAAAGUGGGCAAGAAAGCUUCCCCAGAGCCACCAGGUCGUAUUCUUGGAUCCCUUCCACCUUCUAUAGCGCCGUACGCGGAAUUGACUCGAAUCCAUCGACUAUUGGGAUUUUACCUCAAUACAUCUCCCUAUUUUGUUGGAGUAGCAUACAGUGCAUCACUUUCCUCAGAGCAGAUUCCGUUAGCCAUGCUCGCCCACCGCACAGCGCUUUUGACCAUUUGGUCUUUUUUCCUCCGGUGUGCUGGGUGCGUAUGGAAUGAUUUAAUCGACUUGGAUCUCGAUCGCCAAAUCUCGCGCACAAGAUCUCGGCCGUUACCUCGAGGAGCAGUUUCUCCAGCAGGCGCUGUGCUUUUCACUGCAGCCCUUUUUGCAUGCGGCAGCUCCGUCUUAUUGUUCCUACCCUCCGAAUGCAAGCUGGAGGCGGGCAUAGUCGUCUUCGCUGCGCUACUUUAUCCAUUUGGCAAAAGAGUCACUGACUAUCCCCAGCUGACGUUGGGAAACAUCGGGUGGGCAAUUCCAAUGUCCAUGCACAGUCUGGGUAUCAGCCCUCUUGAUCACCUUGUGCCAACCAUUUGUAUGUUCCUUUUCAUUGCAACCGUCAUCAUCAUGGUGGAUGUAGUUUAUUCGCGUCAAGACACCGAAGAAGACUUGAAAGUCGGAGUGAAAAACAUGGCGGUGCGAUUCCGGGACUCCAUGUAUCCACUCGCGUACUUUCUUUUCUACCUCUCGACUGCAUUCUUUGCGUCUGCUGGGCUACUCACUGGGCUCGGCCUCCCGUUCUUUAUUGUGUCCGUUGGUGGCCAUUUCUUUGGCUUUGGAAACCUGCUCAAAUCCACCCAAGUUGGUAAAGCAGCCGGGGUGGAGUCUAGCGCAAAAUCCUCGUGCUUCCUCGCUAGUAUUUUCUGGGUCCUUGGCUUUGGAAUCGAAUGCUUCGCUCGUGACAACUAG